AUGGGGAAGAUCAUCCGCUCAUUAUGGAUUGACGAAAGGAUACCGGACUCAUGGAAACACGCUGUUAUAAUUCUUCUCCACAAGAAGCUAUCCGUCACGGAACCCAGGAAUUACCGAAGAGUAUCAUUGCUGCACGUAAUGUACAAGGUUUUGGACCGCAUCAUCCCAAGUCGAUUAAUCCGACAUCGCGAAGAAACCACCGGUGACGAGAAAGCCGGCUUUCGCCCUGGCCGAUUGAAAAUUGAUCAUGUGUUUAUUGUGAGGAGAGUGAUUGAAAUGUGA